AUGCCAUCAGAAUCAGAAAAGGCCUCCGGUUUUCAUGACCAUGACAACCAAUUCUCCCAUACCCGAGCUUCUUCAGGCGAUACAGAAGACUUCACUAAUGAUCCCCGCUACGGUACUUUGAACCAGGUGCACCAGAAAGAGGAGCAUGAUGGUGAUAAACGCACUUCCUUCGCCAGCAUGCGUACCAGCGAACAUCCGAUACUGUACUACAGCGAACACUCAACAAUUCAUCACUCGAAGCGAAAGCGACCCGAGCUAGAUGAGUCGGACGGGUCGCGUUCUCCACGUGCCCAACGUCAACGUGUAAAUGGCGUAUCGGACCCCCGAGACAACGCCUAUGACCAACCGUCGAGCAAAAAAGGAAAGAUUGGUCCUCCUCGGGACCGACUAUCCGAUCCAUCUCUGUGCUCGCAACCUCAACCCCGUUGCACCAACGUGUCGGAAGGCUUCAUUUCGGCUACUGUACAUCCUGGCCCAGAGGAGAACUACUCCAGGCCUUUCCCAGAUGACAAUAGUGAAAAAAGCCAAAUCGACGACGGCGGACUGCAAACCCAUUCUCUGUGGCCUCUAGUGGCCUGCCCCCGUCGCAGCUACAGUUUAGCGGUGAUCCUCGACGAUGAACCAGAGGCUCGGAAUGCAGAACGACACAACCGGUUACCGCGUCAGAGAGAUCCCUUAUCUCAGGAUUAUGGUGAUCAUGUCGAACGUGGUCUUAGAGUCAGUCCAGAGGAAGAUGCUAUUGGGGACGCCCAAGCCAAUGAUGGCUCGGAGCUUCCACUUACGUCUGGCUCUGCAUUCCAACACCCUUCUCCAUACCUGAUUCCGGGCCCUAGUGGCCUCUCAGCACAGCCUACUCAAGAGGUCUUCAGGCUCAACCCCAGCCCUGUUCUGUCAACUGUGUCAGACGAUCCUCCAUGCUUUACUCUAUCUAGCGUUGUAGCGAUCGCCCGGGAUAAGCGGACGUCGGUUGCCUGCAAAUACUGUCGCAAGAGGAAGGUCUGCUGGAGGGCCGCUCGGAAGGACUAUAUAACGGGCCGAGUGCGCAGCCCCUUCUGUCCAAAUCGACAGGCCUAUUUCUAG